GGAUUUUUAGACAAACAGUCGGAGUCAAGCAUGAACAAACAAAUGGUUAAGUUCCUCCGCUCCAUUACUCUCUCAAGUAUUUUUGAAUGCUAUGAAUAUUACAUGAAAACGUAUUCUCCUAACAACGAAUUAAGCAGGGAUGAGUUUGAUGAUGUAUUCAGUCCAAUCCUUAACGAUACAGAGAAAAUUUUUGAUAUGCUCGUCAAAGAUGAAAAGGCAGACUUUUUUGAAGCAUUAUCUUCAAUGACAAUGUUUAGCAAAGGAGAAUUCAACACAAAAAUUGGUAGUCUUUACCAGAUCUAUGAUGCUGAUGGAAGUGGGGAGAUUGAUAGAGAUGAAUUAAAAGUAUUCCUUAGUAGUGGUAUCCUUGGCCUAUGCAAAAUCUUAGGUCUCCCUAUUCCUUAUGAAACCGAGAUCCAGAAUUUCGCUUACAACUGCUUUAAACAAAUGGAUGAAGAUGGAAGUGGAGAUAUUGAAUAUGAGGAGUUCGAGCACUGGAUCAGAAAUUCUGAUGAAAUCCAAGACUUCCUUCUCCGAUACACGGGCCAACAAACUAUGGAUAGAGCCAAGAAGAGAUAUGAUGGGUUGCUAAAAUAAGUACAAAGAGGCAUUUGAGGAAGUCUGUAUAGAAUUUAUGGGUGAAAAUUAUGCUACUGUUAUUUCACUAAAUAAAAUUCUAAAGGAAGUGCUUCCAGAUCAUGAGUCCAAACAUCUGGACGAUCUCUUUGUUCUUCUAGAUUCUGAAAGCAAAGGCGCUGUUUCAGAAGAAGAUUUUGAUGCAAUCAUGAAACCAUGGGCAUCUUUUUCAGCAACUGACAUAAAUGGAGAUGGAGAACUUGACGUUACAGAACUAAAAUGUCUUAUCUGGCUUAUGGUGGAUGAAGAACCUCCUGAGUACAGAGUCCAAAGAGACAUGAAAGCAAUCGAUGCUGAUGGUAGCGGCUAUGUUGAUAGAAUGGAAUGGAUUGAGUAUCUCGCCUCUCCAGAUCCAGAAACAGGUAAAACUACUUUCAACUUCAAGCUGAAAAGAGCAUUUGACACUCAUGAUAAGGAUAAAGACGGAUUUAUUGAUGUCAACGACUUAUUUCUUCUUCUAAAAGAUACUUUAUGUGAAAUAACAAAAGGAAAAAGUGGUUCAACUAAAAGGGUGAUUGAGAAGCUUACCAAAGCCCUUGCUGUUGAUAUUAUGAACACCCUUGAUACUAGAGAAAACAAUGGAAAACUCGAUUGGCCUGCCUUCAAAAAAUACAUGUGGUAUGCAAAGGAGAAGGAGAAACAAUUGAAAGAAUUCGUAGAGCAACAGCAAUAGAUAUUUACUUUAUUAUCAAUAUCGCCUUGUGA